AUGUUGUUCAAUGACGAAAAGACCGCCAAUGCUAUACUACGCGAAAAAAAUCCAGAGAAAGUCAAGGCGCUCGGACGCACCGUCGCGCGAUUCGAUCCUCUGGUCUGGAUCAGUCGCAGCAUGUUCCUUGUGCAACAAGGGCUGCGGUACAAAUUUCGCCAAAACCAAGAAAUGCGCGAUAUAAUGCUAGGUAUCGAAGGUCGCACACUGGUCGAGGCUGCCCACUACGAUAGGGUGUGGGGUGUAGGUAUGCAUGAAACGGACACGGAGAUUGUGUUUGUGGACCGAUGGAGAGGCCAGAAUUUACUGGGCCAGGGUCUGAUGAAUGUACCCGCGGAGUUGCUGUUUAAGGAGAGUUGUCGUGGGAGGCGAACGAAGAAGAGGUGGAUAUAA